AGUGCUGGACCAGCCCGGCACCCAGGGGUCCAGGCCAAAAUGACCUGCUGUCUUUCAGGUCAAACGUCACAAUGCGCCAACCCCAGAAAGGCCGAAAGGCCAGGCAACCCCGAAAGACGACUAAGUCAACACCAGGGCCCAAGGGAGAGGGAGGCUCAGUGUGUGCUGCUGGAGGAGGGAGGCUGGGGUCGGGAGGACGAGGCGCCCCACACAGUGGCAAGGCGGCGGAGGGCAGGAACUCGUCAUCCUGGGUGAAAGCGGGGCCCAGCAAAGGGGACCGGCCACAGUAGUCACGAUUCCACCCCGCGACUCCCGACUGUGACUCCAGUUCGAUCCCUAACUGUCCGGGCCCCUCGCCCCGCCCCCAGCGGGCACUCAGGCCGUACCACUGUGCCUUCAUGGGGGUGGACUUAGAGCAUGGGCUAAUCCUGUAGAGGAGAGAGAGGUUCUUUCUCCAGAAAGUAUGAUUAUGUAUAGUAUUCACAUGUUUUUAGUUAACUUAUUUCCCUUUUACCUGCUCGGAUCCUCUACGUACCCUAGGAAGUGGGGGGAGUGCAUUCCUGCCUCCCCCAUGCGCUUCCGCAUUUGGUGUGCGCCUGCGCGGUGCGUAGGCGGCAGGGCAGACUUAAGCUUCGACGCAGGAGGCGGGGCUGCUCAGUCCUCGAGGCGUCGGUGUUGUGUAGAGUUGGAAUUUCCUUGCUUGCUUGCCUGUGCGCGCGUGCGCGGACAUGGCAUCAAACGAUUAUACUCAACAAGCAACCCAAAGCUAUGGGGCCUACCCCACCCAGCCGGGACAGGGCUAUUCCCAGCAGAGCAGUCAGCCCUAUGGACAGCAGAGUUACAGCGGUUACGGCCAGUCCACAGAUACUUCAGGCUAUGGCCAGGGCAGCUAUGGUUCUUCUUACGGCCAGACCCAGAACACAGGCUAUGGCACUCAGUCAGCUCCCCAGGGAUAUGGCUCAACUGGUGGCUAUGGCAGUAGCCAGAGCUCCCAAUCAUCUUACGGGCAGCAGUCCUCCUACCCUGGCUAUGGUCAGCAGCCAGCUCCCAGCAGCACCUCGGGAAGUUACGGGAGCAGUUCUCAGAGCAGCAGCUAUGGGCAGCCCCCGAGUGGCGGCUACGGCCAGCAAUCUGGCUAUGGUGGACAGCAGCAAGGCUACGGACAGCAGCAAAGCUCCUAUAAUCCGCCUCAGGGCUAUGGACAGCAGAACCAGUACAACAGCAGCAGCAGCAGCAGCAGCGGUGGGGGUGGAGGUGGGGGUGGAGGUAGCUAUGGCCAAGAUCAGUCCUCCAUGAGUAGUGGCAGCGGCGGCGGCAGUGGUGGUUAUGGCAAUCAAGACCAGAGUGGUGGAGGCAGUGGUGGCUAUGGACAGCAAGACCGUGGAGGCCGUGGCAGGGGCGGUGGUGGUGGUGGUGGUGGUGGUUACAACCGCAACAGUGGUGGCUAUGAACCCAGAGGUCGUGGAGGUGGCCGUGGAGGCAGAGGCGGCAUGGGCGGAAGUGACCGUGGUGGCUUCAAUAAAUUUGGUGGCCCUCGGGACCAAGGAUCACGUCAUGACUCCGAACAGGAUAAUUCAGACAACAACACCAUCUUCGUGCAAGGCCUGGGCGAGAAUGUUACAAUUGAGUCUGUGGCUGAUUACUUCAAGCAGAUUGGUAUUAUUAAGACAAACAAGAAAACGGGACAGCCCAUGAUUAAUUUGUACACAGACAGGGAAACCGGCAAGCUGAAGGGAGAGGCAACGGUCUCUUUUGAUGACCCACCUUCUGCUAAAGCAGCUAUUGACUGGUUUGAUGGUAAAGAAUUCUCCGGAAAUCCUAUCAAAGUCUCAUUUGCUACUCGCCGGGCAGACUUUAAUCGGGGUGGUGGCAAUGGUCGUGGAGGCCGAGGGCGUGGAGGACCCAUGGGCCGUGGAGGCUAUGGAGGUGGUGGCAGUGGUGGUGGUGGCCGGGGAGGAUUUCCCAGUGGAGGUGGUGGCGGUGGAGGACAGCAGCGUGCUGGUGACUGGAAGUGUCCUAAUCCCACCUGUGAGAACAUGAACUUCUCUUGGAGGAAUGAGUGCAACCAGUGUAAGGCCCCUAAACCAGAUGGCCCAGGAGGGGGACCAGGUGGCUCUCAUAUGGGGGGUAACUACGGAGAUGAUCGUCGUGGUGGCAGAGGAGGCUAUGAUCGAGGAGGCUACCGGGGCCGUGGUGGGGACCGUGGAGGCUUCCGAGGGGGCCGGGGUGGUGGGGACAGAGGUGGCUUUGGCCCUGGCAAGAUGGACUCCAGGGGUGAGCACAGACAGGAUCGCAGGGAGAGGCCGUAUUAGCCUGGCUCCCCAGGUUGUGGAACAGCUUUUCUUCCUCUACCCAGUGUUACCCUCGUUGUUUUGUAACCUUCCAACUCCUGAUCACCCCAAGGGGGUUUUUUGUGUCGGACUAUGUAAUUGUAACCAUACCUCUGGUUCCCAUUAAACAUGACCGUUUUAGUUAAA